AUGUCGCCGUGUGGCUCAUCAACGAAGGGGGCGUCGUUCGGCCGAGGGAGACCCAUUCAGAGAAAGGUCGUUGUGUGUGGAGACGGCGCAUGCGGAAAAACGUCACUACUAAACGUAUUCACGCGUGGUUUCUUUACUCAAGUAUACGAACCAACAGUCUUCGAGAAUUACGUGCAUGAUCUAUACGUCGAUGAACAACUAGUGGAGCUAAGCUUGUGGGACACGGCUGGUCAAGAGGAGUUUGAUAGGUUACGAUCGUUGUCGUACGCGGAAACGCAUGUCAUCAUGAUUUGUUUCUCUGUGGACAAUCCAACGUCGCUCGAGAAUGUCGAAUCGAAGUGGUUAGAUGAGAUAUUAGAAUACUGUCCUGGAGUAAAACUUGUUCUCGUCGCUUUGAAAUGUGAUCUACGGGACGACCGGGCAGUGAAAGAACGGCUACAGCGUUAUGGAACGCAUACGGUGCAAUACGAAGAAGGCCUUGCCGUCGCUCGACGAAUACGAGCAUCUCGAUAUCUUGAGUGUAGCUCGAAGCACAAUCGUGGCGUUGCGGAGGUCUUUUACGAAGCCGCACGUGUAUCACUCAGCACCCGGCCGAAAGGCUCGGACGGGGGUUGCAUUGUGAUGUGA